AUGCGAGGCUACAUCGUGCUUGCUCUUAUGGUCCUGCCUCUCAUGGCGGCGGACUCCAAAGAAGAGAGCCGCUUGGCUGAAGUCAAGGUUUUUUGCGCGGUUCUCGAAGUCCUAAGCGAAAUGUCUUGUUAGGCCAACAUCCUGAGAGAACUCGGGAUGCAGAGACCCCCAAACGUCUCUGAGAUGAACAUCCCUCUGGAGCAACUCCGCGCUCAGUUCCGCCCUAUCUUCGAGAAGGAGUACGCUGACAAUAAGCCGCAGGAGACUGAGACCUUCUACCUGACGGCUAAGAAAAGUUUUCGUAAGCUUGUCACUCCUCAGAAAGAUGAUGAAGUCCUUUUCUCAGAUACCACCCGUGGCACCUUUCGUUUUGAAGUCACAGACGCUAUCUUGGCUCGACAAAUUGAAAAAGUAUUCUAAGUUAUCUAGUUUCCCCUUCUUCAUAGAAUACUUUGAGAUGGAGCUCACCUUCAACUUUAACAAGGGACAGGAAAGUGUCAAGAACGUCAUCAACGUCUAUCAACGCUUCGACAAUGGAACGGUUGAUAAUCUUAAAAAAGGAACAACUUUUUGAACGUUUCAUCUCUGUAGGGAACUCUAGUUGGAUCGCGCCAGCUUCUCAAAUCAGGACAUGUCAAGUUGACCUUGGAGAAACAGGAGAUCGAGAAGUGAGUAGUGAGGGAAGAGCUCAAACUGGUGAGCUUUUUCAGAGUCCUCUUGGAUAGCAACCUGCUGACCUUGCAAGUGGAAGUCAUUGUUGACGAUCAGGAGUACGACCUCUACGAGGAGGACAACGAGGACGAGGUGGAUAGAGAUUAGAGCUUCGAAAACCCAUGAUUCUAGAUCAUGAUGAUGGCCGUGACCUGCGUUUCCAAGUCGCGUACCCGUAGACGUGCUAAUCCCGUCUGCCUGAGGGAAGAUCCGACCGACGGAUGCUGCCGCUACGACAUGAUUGUCAGUCUUUCGAAGUCUCUUAUCAUUAGGAACUGAGGACUUCUAGGUGGACUUUGACAAGAUCGGCUGGCACUGGAUCGUCGCUCCUCCGCAGUACAACGCGUUCGUCUGCCGUGGCGACUGCGCUCUCAACGGCCACCACGUUAGUUUCUCCGCUCCAGUCAUUCAGAAUAUCCUUCUGCCUUCUUCAGAUGCACAACUUCGGGCACACCAAGAUCGUCAAGGCCGUCUUCCGCAAGGACGCCGACAUGGCUUCCUUCAUCGAGAAGACCGCCAGCUGCUGCCACGCUGGAGAGUGAGUCAUGAUCAAAAUAAAUCAAAGAAAAAAUUCAUCUUCUUUUCAGGUACGCUCCUUUGAGCCUCAUCUACAUCAACCACGAUGGCGCUGUCGUCGCCUCGAGCGUCAGCGCGAUGAUUGCCGAGCACUGCUCCUGCUCAUAG